CCAUGAUUUCAAUAAUUAAAUGGAAAAUUAAAAUGUAAAAAUAAUUUACAUUUAAGCAAUACUAUAAUGUAACAUGUUAAAUUUAUUGUCCCUAUAUUUUUUAGAUAAAAACCAACGAUCACAUGAGCGUUUAAAGGAGCGUAUGGCAACCUUUGAAACGAAUCUGCAAAACAUGUAAACAGCUGAUAUACAGUGAAAAUAUUCAUAAUUUGUAAUAUUCAAGAGUGCUUGUAAACCGAAAAUCUUUUAGGACCAAAACAACGAGUGCGAUAUUUUGAUUUUUUUCUUUGUUUAUGAGUUGACCAGUUUCGGUAAAAAAAAAAUUUAAACUAAAACGAUUGUAAUGUGCAAGUGAAAAUUCGAUCAAAAAAUUAUUAUUUGGACAAUUCUAUAUAAAUGAUUCCAUUGCCAAUCUAAGGACAACCGAGAGUUCACAAUGCCGUCUCUGCUGGAAGCUUUAGAGCGGAAGUAUGGGGCUAAGGGUGAAGUGAAUCCCCCCAUAGACGACAUGCCGGUGGCCAUAUUUGUGCCAAAACGAUCGCCGAGACUCAGUGUACCGACGCUGUUGGUGCUCAACGACUGCGACAUUGACUGCGCUGGUGACGCGUGUGCCUUAGCUGACAAAUGUGCUGAUGUAGUGGAACUUGAUCUAGCAAAUAAUAAGCUGACUGACUGGAAGGAGGUAUUUGCUGUGUUGGAGCAGACGCCUCGUGUGCGGUUUCUUAACUUAAGCUUCAACCGACUCUCAGCCCAGAUACAAGCUGCUCAGACGCUACGUCAGCGCUGGGAUUCGCUCAGUAAUCUCGUCCUAAACUCUACUUAUGUCGGCUGGCAGAGUGUUCUUGGUCUCCUUAAGGCUCUACCAGCUCUUGAAGAGCUGCAUCUGAGUCUUAACGAGUAUUCGUACGUCAAUUUGAGCGCCAAAGACGUGGAUGAGAAAGACGUCUGUGAGGGUUGCUCCAGGCUAAACGUCGAAACUUCCAAACCGGUUCAUGAGCAGCUGAAGAAACUCCAUUUCUCUGGUAACCCAGUCAGUAGCUGGCGGGAAAUAUCCAAAUUGGGUUAUGCCUUCCCUAACUUGGAGACGCUUAUGGUGAACGACUGCCCCAUAACGACGCUCGAGCCCGACCCGUGCGAGAAAUGUGAUGACAGCAAUGGGAAUAAGAAAUGCCAUGACGCCUUCCAGCGUCUGCGGUUCUUAAACUUGAACAACACUCUUCUUACCACGUGGGACGAGGUCGAUAGACUUGCGAGGUUUCCAGCAUUGAAGAGUUUAAGAGUUCAGGGUUGGCCAUUGUGGGAGCGAGUGGAGUCUACUGAACACGAGCGUCGUCUGCUGUUGGUGGCUCGCUUGCCGCACGUGAGGACGCUCAAUGGCGGUGGGGCUGUUCCGAUCGAAGAGAGAGACGCCGCAGAAAGGGCCUUCAUCAGAUACUACAUGGAGAAACCCGAGUCUGAUCGACCUGACAGGUACUGGGAAUUGGUCGGUGUUCAUGGCAAGCUCGACCCCUUAGUGUCGGUCGACUUGAGGCCAGAGAAACGAGUGCAGAUCACUUUCACUUGUGGCGACACCAGCGAAGUACGGACCAUAGACGUUUACAGAACUGUAUCAGAUCUUAAGACUCGUCUGGAGAGGCUGGCGGGCUUCCCUGCAUCCAAGAUGAGACUGUUCUACGUCGAUCAGGAACUAAGAGAUUCGCAGGGUCCAGAGGAAAUGAAGUAUCCAACGAAACAGCUGUACUCUUACAACAUACGGUCAGGAGACGAGAUCAUCAUAGACUCUAAGCUGAAACACUCGAUCUCGGCGAACUCAACCGCUUAAAACUACAACUACCGUCAUUUUUAUAUAAAACUUAAUUAACAAAAAACGGAACCUAAAUUUUCGUUAAAAUUUUAUUAUCAUAUUAAAAAAUAUAAAUCAUAUUUUAAUUCGUAAAUCGCAUAAUAAUUUUGCAUCGACUGUCGUAGAAUUAAUCAAGGUUUUAAAUAAGUAUAGAUCAGUGUUUUAUUAGUGUAUCUACAGAAAUAAAAAAAAAUAUGUAUGUUCUUUACAAUAUGUAGUGACGUAACUCAUAUAAAAAUCUUAGCUUUGCAUAUCUUAUAAAUGUACGGUCCGAGAAAAACACUAAUACUAAUAUCUAUGUUAAAUAGAAUAUUAAAAAAAAAAUGUAUUUAGUCAUGGCAAUGACGGUAGUCUGAUAUAAAUACUGUUUAAUUUUUUUUAACUUCAUAUCUCAGUGCUGCUAACACGUUGAGUUUAUGAAGGUAUUUUAUUUAACUAAAUAGUAAAUGUCUAUUAAAGAGUUGUUCACAAAGAGCUUAACUUAUUUUUUUUUGUGGAACAGAAUGUUAUUUUUAUUUGUUGUGAAGCUUGCUACGACUAUCAUCGCUUUUAUCAUACAAGCAUCUGUGAUAGUAAAAUUAGAGAAUGAUGAAAUAUUGGGGGGAAGGAUAAAAUGUAUGUAUGUUUUUUUUUUUACAUAUAUGGUUUAUGAACUAACGGCAUUUCAACGUGAGACAUGCUUUCUAUUAACACCGUAAACUGCCAUUUUUGCGAAACUUUUUUGAUACUUGUAACAAGACGUGUGUUUAUUUCGUCAAUGUAAAAUAGAUGUCUUUUAUUAGAUGAAGUACAGAAUAUGAAAUGUAUACAUGUUCAAUAUAAUUUGUGACGAUACCCUCGUCUUAGAAGCAUUAAAUGAUUAUAAAAUA